AGCAGUUUUGUUUACCUCGCUGCAGCUCACCUGUAGGUUAACCUGUAGGCCUAUGUCACGCUGAUAUCUCUUCAGCAAUCCAGAAAACAUAACCAGGAAGACAGUCGCAUGACGUUGACGUAAUGUGGAAUGUGCGGACUACAGAUGCAUUGUCAGAAAUAAUUGACCUGAAAACAAAUUGAGACCCGAGAGCUGCAGAAAAAUGCUCCGUUUUCUCUGCAGUUGCUGCUUCUCAAGUGAAAACUCCACCAACGAGAGACAGCCUCUCCUGCACCCCAGACCAUCUGACCUGAAUGAAGCUAGAUCAGCCAGGCAGACCCGGCCAACACACAGUGAUGCGCAGAUCGUGAUGCGGAUUGGCAGGCUGGUGAUGAGGCAAGUGUGUGUGCCAGAGUUGGACCAGAGGUUUUCUGACAUGGCCGAGACCUUCAAUGAACAGCACGAGCGCUAUGAGGCCAUGGUCCGACAUAUCACUAACCUGCGUCAGAGCUACGGCUGUAACCAAAAUGAUACAUUGGCUUUAACCGAAUGUGUGGGGAUAAUCAGAGAUGAGCAUGAGGCCAGGUACAGGGUCUCCCUUAAGAUGAAGGGCUAUGACUUCUCCCUCAAUGUGGUUCCUGUGGGCAAAAGUGAGGAGGAACCACUGCCUCCACAUCUGUCAUUGGCUCAGGAUGAAGUGAAGGGCACUUCUGAGAGCGCCAAAGCCAUCAUCUCAAAAGGUACCACACUUCAAGAGUUGAUUGGCUGGCUGCUGCGUAGCAAGGAUCAAAUGGCUGAGCAGGUGAAAGGGGCUGCAGCAACUUACCAGGAGCAAGGAAGACUGAACGAGAACCUGGAGGAGAACCUGAGGGAAGUGAAAAGGGCGAAGGAGUUGUCGCUGGGAUAUAAACAACGGGCCGGGGAAGUCCUCACUGAGGCUGCACAGUUGGCAGGGGCUUAUUUGUAGUUCAUGCGCAUUUUAGAUACUUAAUUUGAAUCCAACAAUAACAAUACGCAGUAUACUCUUUGAACAUUAUGCACACACAGAACGUCAUGCAUGUAUUUAAAUGUACCAAGUAUACUCUCUGCUUUGCAGGCCAUUGCAGCCUCUAUCAUGUUUGCUAUAAGAACACAAAGACUAACGAUGAUAUCUGCCUUUUUUUUUUUAUAAAGAUUAUUUUUUGGGCA